GCAAUAGCAACAAAAGCACAAACGGAGUAUAGGACGCGGACCUGUACGGCAAGCGAUUGAGCUGCGCUCAAAGCUGGAGCGAUUUGGAUCAACAAAGCGGUUGGGUUUGGUCGCUCAGCCGAUCGUGCGCUCGUCUCGCACAAACAACACGCUCACGUACGUACAUAUGUACAUACAAACAUACAUAUAUUGGUAUGGUAAUGAUUUCGACUGGUUGGCUGUCCGAUCGUUACGUCUCCAAUGCGGUUUUGCGGUCGCGGUCACAGCAAGAGCAACAGCAACAGCCGCAAACAAUAAACAGUACAUUGGUAGACGUUUAGAAGAAAACACUGGAACCUACGGAAACAUCGUCGUCGAACUGAGACAGCAUUGAAGAUCGCUUGAACGCGCCAACGUACUUAAACAAACCGACGGGGCGACAGAGAGUACGCGAAAGGGGAAACGGAAUAAAAUAAUAAGCAAAUAAUUAAAAUAAAGUCAAGACUAUAAAAGCAAUAAAGCGUUCGCAUAAAUACCGAGUACUACAGUACAGUUUCGGGUUGCGGAAAUGUGUUAAAAAAUACCGUAAUCAAUAAUUUUAAAUUCCAUAAAGAAAUUGAAAAAGGGGAGUGUAGCUAUGUAUGUAUAUUUUUGCUGAUUACGAGUAAUCAAUGACAUUAAAUGACAAAUGUAAAUACGGCACACAAGCGCGAGCUUAAAUACCUAAAUUAAUACUUUGAAGGCAAAAAUAACCAGUACCAAUAGUACAAAGUGCAAAAUAACGAAGUAGCGGCGAGGCGGGGUGCGGCAAGUGAAACGAGAAAGACAAAAAACAAAUAUGGAAAUUAUGGAAUAUAUGUAAAUAUCACUAAGCAAAUAAAGAAAAAUAUUGAGAAUCAACAAAUAAGGCAAAAACGCGCAGCAAUAAGCCUUGUACACAAGCCAUAAAAGAGCAACAACAACAACGCCAACAAAAAGACCCAGGUAUUGAAAAUAGAAGCGAAAAAUUAUCGAAUUAGCGAAUAGAGAUAACGUUUAAAGUUUGCGUCAGUGCAAAAAAGCAAAGCGCUGCAAAGGGUUGCCGAGCGCUCGGAGGUUUAACGCUCAAACGACGUUAAUUAAAUAGAAAAACAGAAGGCAAGAGCAACAAGUGGGAAAGUGCAAAAAAGGUAAAUAAAUACUUAAAUAAGAAAAAAAAAGUAAAAAGGGAGAAAUAAAAUACUAAAGCGCAACUGGUGUGUGGUGGCACAAGUGUGAAAAUUCUGAAAACCCAAUAACAAAUCGACUUAGUGACACAGCUGCAACUGUCGAGUGCGGAGGUGUAAAGCGCCAAGUCGCAAACGAACGCGCAAAUAAAGAAAUUCAGCCAAGCGAGGCACUAAGUUGGAGAAAAUUUCAAAUUAAGCCCCUUCCUCACCUGCAGCUUGAACUGGAGCUAACGGCUAAGGGUUGCCGGGGAGCGCGCACCUGAGUUUGAGCCAAGCGGUAAAAUAAGUCGCCGUGACCGCAGCACGUUGUGACAACGCACGCGGCAUAAGGCGCACAAUAGUUCAGCAUCCACGACUAGUAUCUAUAUAGACUACAGAGACAAGCUGUGAUAUAAGCAGUUAAGCGAAUGAAAAAUAAGUAAUUAAAUAACACAAAAGCAAAGUGUAGAAUAACAAAUUCGCAAAAGUAGAGCAUACAAAAAUUAACAAAAAGUUUAUAAAACCAAGUCGCAACAUUAUUAGCACAUAUACAAUAUUCUGAAUUCUUAUUAUCAAAACAAAUUGCGGAAAAUUCCAGCGACAAGUGACAGCUAAAACGGCUUAUAAUCACUAAUUAGCGGCUGAAAACAAAAACAACUACUUCAUCUUAACACAUACAUACAUACAUAUAUAUAUUAUUGUUUUUAUUCAUCUCCGCUAGAACGCGCUGUAAAGCAAAGCAAAAAAUAUUCAAUUAAAAACAAUAAAUAAAAUCAUUUGGAAUAAAAAAAAGUUGGGAAAAAACACGCCGCGCACACACAAACACUUUGCUAAAUCGCAUACACAUAACAACGGUUAAACAAACGACAUUGACGCUUGCAACAGGCGAAGCUAAUUAGCGCUCGACAACAACAACAACAGCGGCCGCUAAUGUCCCUCAACUCAGCUAGCGAGCAGCGAAUCAGUGGAGGGAGCUUUAAACGCCAGCAACAGCGACAGCAGCGCCGCCACAAACAGGUUUCACAUGCAAGGUCAACUGGCGACCGCCCGCCAACCAAAUAAAGUCAAUACAAAACAAACAUAAGCAUAAACAGAAACAGAAACAAAAACAAAGAAAAAACGUCAAAUAAUUCAAACAUUGCACCAAAUCAAAUCCUUUGUGACAACAAACAGCCAACAUGCAGCCAGCUAAAAUGGAAACGAAACGCACCAUCUGGUACAGCUGCAAUCAGGAAAUACAAAGCCAAGACAACGACAACAACAACAACAACAACAACAGCAAUGAAAUGAACAACGAUAGCAAUAACAAUGCGCAUGUCCACAAUGCUGACGCGCAAGUCACAUUUAAUCAUAGCAAGGCAACCGAACUACGCCAGACGCGCUUACAACGUCAGCACGAACAGCAGCAUAACUCACCACCACCACUGACACCUGCUAGUCCGAUAAGUGCAUCAAGCUCGUCGACGCAAAGUGCGCCGCCUCCCUUGAACGGUGGUGGAGAAAAGUUGCGCUCCAGUGCCGCGCCUCAUCGUCUGCCGCGUCGCAAACGUUUGCAGCGUCAAAAACCCACCGAACUGGACGAUGCCGAUUUCGCUUAUGCCGCCGAUCUGGAAGAGGAGGAUGAAGAAGAGGAGUUGGUGGUGGUGACGCAGCCACCGCCGUCAGUUAGAUUUAAUACGACAUCACUGAUAGGCGGUCCACCGCGCGGCACCGAGCUGCAUAGCACCCCCUCGUACGUGACAGAGAAACGCCUGCAUCACUUUCAGCAACAGCAUCACAGCACACCUUUCGAUGGUCAGCCGUCAUCGUUGCCGAAUUGCUUUGCAUCCGCGGCUACAGUAAGCAUCUUUCACCACCACCACCACCACCAUCAACGUGAGCAUCGCCUUAAGCAUGAGGAAUCGUUUGACUCCUCCACCACCACCACAACAAACACCACCGAUACGGCGACCAGUCCGGCCAGUCCAUUGCUGCGUCGCCACAAUUUUACCAUGUUGAAGCGCGACAAUUCCACACACUCAGAGUCCUCCAGCCGCUAUUCGAGUGUGGAUAGCUUGUUGGAGGCGCGCAAGCCAGAUCCCGAAGCCAUUCUGAUUAAUUUAGGCUUUGGCCCGGUCGGUUCGGAGGAUAUUCUGUCGCGCAUACCGAAACGUUUCCUCAAACCGUCACAGGUGCGCGGCAUCGACACAGAGGCUUUCAUACGUCGCCUGCAGUUGGCCAACAAUCUUGCCGAUCACAGUGUCUUGGGCUAUCGCGGACUCACCGGCAACCCGGAUAUACCGCCAUCGCGCAUUGUCGCCAAGAUUAUGCAUCGCUUCGAAGUGAACGAGCGAAAGAAGUCGAAGGGUUCCAUAGAGCAAACGAUUUGAUCGAACUCGCGCGCGGAGGGGAGAGAGGGGAGAGGAGAGAGGAGAGAAGAAGAGGAUGCCGCGAAUUCAUUCACCAGUCACCAGUGCCAAAAAGUUGUUCUAUGAUUUAACUAAGUUAAGUGACAGCAACAAAAAAAAAACGCAACUUUAUUUCUAAUUAAUUAUGCUUAACACAAAUUUUAUACAUAUGUCGUUAGGGAAAAUAAUCAUUAUAUUUUUGUUAUUGGUAGUUUUUUUUUAGAAGGAAAAAUAUUGUACUUAAACAAAUAUGAGGAGAGAAAUGCUGUUAGUUGGAACAUAUUCAAGCAGAUAUAUGAACGUACAUACAUACUAAAAGACAAGUGUUACUUAAUUUAUUGAUAAUAAAAUACAUUUUUUGUUUAA